GCAGAUUAGCACCCGGAAUCUCACCAGCACAGACACUGAGCUGAGCAAGCUCCUUCACUCCCAACAUGCUUGACCUGGACUCCUGGCCUCACACUCCCCACGGUGUCCUGCUGCUGACCCUACUGCUGGGACUCCCAGGAGCAGCUACACAGGACCUGAAGGUGAUUCAGUCUGAGAAAGCAGUUUCUGUCCGUGCUGGAGAGUCACCCAUUCUGAACUGCACUGUGACCUCCCGGCUACCUGUGGGGCCCAUGAAGUGGUUCAGGGGCACAGGACAGAGUCAGCAACUAAUAUAUGAUUUCACAGGAGAGAAGUUUCCCAGAGUCACAAAUGUUACAGAUGUCACAAAGAGAAACAACCUGGACUUUUCCAUCCGCAUCAGUAAUGUGAUACCUGCUGACACUGGUACCUACUACUGUGUGAAGUUUCAGAAGGAAGCAGACUCUGACAAGGAGUUUCUGUCUGGGGGAGGCACCGUGCUGUAUGUCCUUGGAGCAGCUACACAGGACCUGAAGGUGAUUCAGCCUGAGACAUCAGUUUCUGUCUCUGCUGGAGAGUCAGCCACUCUGAACUGCACUGUGACCUCCCACCGACCUCUGGGGCCCAUGAAGUGGUUCAAGGGCACAGGACAGAGUCGGCAACUAAUAUAUAGUUUCACAGGAGAUAAGUUUCCCAGAGUCACAAAUGUUACAGAUGUCACAAAGAGAAACAACCUGGACCUUUCCAUCCGCAUCAGCAAUGUCACAGCUGCUGACACUGGUACCUACUACUGUGUGAAGUUUCAGAAGGAAGCAGACUCUGACAAGGAGUUUCUGUCUGGGGGAGGCACCGUGCUGUAUGUCCUUGAACUGAAGACAUCAGAUACUGCUGAAAUCCUUGUAGCUGUGUUCCUUGUACCCAAAAUGCUACUGGUAAUUGGUGCUUCUGCCAUCUACGCAUACAAGAAGCAGAAGGCCUGACUGUAAGUUAGGAGGGAUAGAGGGGGUGUUAGUUACUAUCUCUUGACGUGACAACAUAGCACGAUGAAAAUAACUUAUAGAAUAAAGGGUUUCUAUGGUCUUACUGUUCCAGCGGCAUGAGUCCAUCAAGCCUGAGAAGCAUGGAAGCAGAUCAGGGAGUUGUGAGCUCACAUCCUCGUGGAGAGCAUGAAACAUAGAAAAUAAAAAUAAACUGGAAGUGUGA